AUGCUCCCUCUUCUUCUUCCACCCCGUCGCCUUGCUCUCUCGCCAAAGAUCCUUCCAUCUUUGAUUGGAGAACAUUCGGCGCCUUCGUUUCAGUUUCAGGUUGAGGAACCACAAGCUGACCUAAGAGCACUUGCUUCAUCUGAGAAGUAUGUAAAUCAACUCGUUCAUAACUUUGUUAAUAUUGACAGUUCUUUGGAUUUCUGUUUUGUGAUAACGGACACGCACAUGUCACAAACAUGGUCCGGCAUAGAGGAUUCAGACCAACUACAUGGAUUCAAACUCAAGUUUAUUAAUGUAGGAUGAAGAUACGAUGAAGAAAGAAGAUGACAAUUGGUAUUGUACAUAUUAUUGGUGCCCAAAAUUAUAACGUGUUGGUAGAUCAUUAGCUAUUGACUGUUUGAGGGAUGGAUUUCAAGCAUAUAUAUGAAAAGAAGGCUAUCAUGGAGUACAUAAGGUCAAAGCAUGGUCAAUCUUAAUGUCCAAUUGGCAGCAUGCCCUAAAUUAAUUAUUGCAGAAAGAGCAUAGAGGCUUUCACAUGGAAAUCUGAAGAAAAAGAAACAAAUAUAUUAUUGAAUCCUCUAAGGUUUAUUGAUUUAGUUUUUUAAAUUAAAUAUAAUUACAUUUUUAUAUAAAAUAAAAUGUAAAAUAUGAUUUUUAAAUUGUUAAUCUUUUUCAGGUUGUAUUGUCUUUCAGUGGUAUUAACUAUGAGAUGUUUGUAGAGUAGCCACCUUUGUUUCAUAUAUGGUAACAAAAUUGCAAAGCAAUGACAAUGGAUAUUGAUGUGUCGACCUCUAUUAAUGUAACUGUCAGGGAACGUAUAUACACAACUAAAUAUCCUUACGAUAUCAUAGGUUCUAUGUAAGUUUUUUGUGUGGUUUUCUAUUUUUGAAUGUUAAUCACAUCGUCAUGUAACUGCACUUCAUUCAGAGCUUUUCAAAUAUAAUAUCUUGAUUUUUUGAUGUGGG